AUGUCCGACGGUGCGUUGACCAAAGCUGGUACGUGGGUGCAUGAUAAUGGCGUUCCAUCACCCACUAGCACCUCCGUUUUCGACCUGUUCAGCCUCCAUGGGAAAACUGCCAUUGUCACGGGCGCUGCGGCUGGAAUCGGCCUCUCGGCGGCGGAGGCGUUAGCUGAAGUCGGUGCCAAUGUAGCAAUCACCUACAACACCAACACCAAGGCUCCGGAAAAAGCCACCGAGAUUUCUAGAAAAUUCAACGUCAAAUGCAAGGCGUAUCAACUUGAUGUUGCGUCCGCCGAAGCCGUCUUAGGAACCGUGGAUGAAAUAGUCAGCGAGUUCAAUGGCCGAUUGGACGUUUUCAUUGCAAACGCCGGAAUACCUUGGACCCAAGGCGCAGCAUUAGGGGGCGAGAUCUCCCACUAUCAAAAAGUCGUCAAGGUCGAUUUGGACGGCACCUACUACUCUGCACUCGCAGCAGGAAAGCAUUUCCGACGCCAAUUCCUUGACAAGACCGAUCUUAGGGGCAACAAACUGGAAGAGUCUUACAGUGGAGGCAGCUUCGUGGCAACCGCCAGUAUCAGCGGACACAUAGUGAACAUUCCUCAAUUGCAGGCCGCUUACAACGCCGCCAAAGCAGGUGUGGCUCAUCUGUGCAAAUCUCUAGCCAUUGAAUGGAUCAGGUUUGCUCGGGUCAACAGCAUCUCGCCAGGCUACAUCGCCACCGAGAUAUCCGCAUUUAUCCCAGACGACAUGAAAGGAGUUUGGAGGGACAAAGUACCUAUGGGGCGCGAAGCGUCACCCAACGAGCUGAAAUGCGCAUUCUUGUACUUUGCUACUCCUGCUUCCUCAUAUACCACGGGCUCGGACUUGAUCAUAGAUGGAGGUUAUACCGUGGGAUAG